UCUGAAAGUAGUAGUUGGGCCUUUAUCGUACUUUAAUCCAAUUCGAGCUCUCUUCUUCUUCUUCGUCUCCAACACUCUCUGCUCUCUCUGGUUCCUGUCUCUCCCUCCCACAUUAGGGCUUCACUCCUCCUGAUUCUUCAUCCAAACCCUAAAUUCCCAAUUCGAAAUCACAAACCCUAAUAUCCCCAAUUCGAAAUUUACAAAAACCCUAAUUCCCCAAUUCGAAAUUACGCAAACCCUAAUCAGGUGAGAAGAGAGAUAUGAGCAGCAGGAGGAGUAGAGAUGAGUAGGCUCUCAUUCAGGCCUCGGCCCCUCGACAUCCACAAGAGGCUCCCCGUCGUCAAGUCUUUCAAGGACUUCGAAGACGAUGAAGCCGCCCCCACCUCCACCCGCAAUUCUCAGCUCCUCCGUCUCUCCGCCGUCGACUCCUCCUCCGCCUCCGCCUCCGCCACCGAAAUCGAGGUCCACCCUCCCCCCGCCAAGAAGCUAGCCCCUGAAAUCCCGACUCCUCAGUUUGUUGUUGUUGAUACUUAUGAGAGAGACUACUCUCGCACUUUUGCCCAACCCAAUUCCUAUCUCCGCGCCAGAGGAGCCCGGGCCGAGCUCGGAGAGUUUGUGGAGUAUGAUUUAGAUAAUGAGGAUGAGGAUUGGCUUGAAGAGUUCAAUGGUGAGGAGGAAAUUCUUCCUGCCGAAAAGCUUGAGAGUCUUAUUUUCAAGCUGGAGGUUUUCGAUCAUAAGGCUCGGGAGAGAGCAGGAGUUAUAACCCCUACUCUUGCUUCACCAAUCCCUGUACUUCUACAACUUGAUGUUGCUACUGAGGCUCUACAAGGUCAGUCCCUCAGAUAUGCUGUCAUCCGGUCUGUUUAUGAGUAUUGGAGAGAUAAGCGUGAAAGAUGGCAGAAGCCUAUCUUGCGACGUUUGCAGCCUCCUCCACCGGUUAAUGAUACCAACCCAUACAAUGUCUUCAGGCCAAGGGAGAAAACCCACAGACUGCACACGAGAAGGAUGCAAAGAAGGGAAAACAAUGUGCAAUCAUUUGAAAAGCUUCGCCAGGUUAGGCGCAACCUGGACCAAGCCAAGACCAUUGUGGAGGCUUUAAUCAAGAGAGAAGAAAAAAAGAGAGCAGUCAUGGAGGCUGAAGUGGAGCUUCAAGUAAAUCAAAUGAAGUACAAGCAUGAGACACUGCUCCUGGAAGAUAGUUUAGUCCUUCCUGGUUUUCCACCCAUGUCUUCCAAGUUUGUUUCAAGUGAGGAGGAAAAUGUUGAUUCAGAUGACUUUGAAAACAGUCGGCCUCGUACACGACCUUCUGCACUGCCUAAUCCGCCUUUACCAGACCCCAACUUGAUCACGGGAACCAUGAAGCAAGAUUUCAGGCGUCGGCAUGCACCUCAAGGGUGGCUUCAUAAAAUGGAUCCCCUCGAGCCAGUUUUGUUAUUUACAAAACCUCUAGUUCCAGAGAAGUUGGCAGCUGCAGGCAUUGUACCACCAUCAGAUUCUUCAACGAAAAAUGGAGUAACCACAGCACCUUUUAAAUUCCGCGGAAGAAUUGGCCGAGGGGGCCGAUUAAUAUUUGAUAGAUGGAACCCAUUGAUGCACACUCCAAUCGACUUUGGGAAUUCAUAUUAUAUACCUCCUAAACCUCGACCAACAACAUAUAAUUGAACGUACCCCUGCUGGUAUGACCUCCAGUGUUGUGAGUUAUGACAGAAUUGGAAAAGGUCCAGUUAACUAUUUGGAAGAUCCACAGGCAGACCUGGGAUUAUUGUGUGGUUGAACUAACCUUUGCCUGCGCCCGGAUAUUGGUAUCUAUGGAGGGUGGCUGUCUUGAAACUUUGACUGGAGAUUGAUUAUUGAGGGGUAUUUGUGGAUGGUAGGAGGGUGGGCGUAAUGCCAUAUUGUAUUCCCCUAGUGUUAAUGUCCGUUAAAAUUGUUUUCAUCUGCCCAGCCCGUGUCCAUGUAAUGCUCAUUAUCAAUUCAUUUGGCAUAAACCUAACGGUCGUAAAUUCUCUAUUAAUACAGCCAUUUGGUGCAACCAAGAUGGUUGCUCUGUUUCUCUAGGUUUCUUUUCUGAAAUGAAACUACAUUACCUUUUUACGAUUGAACAAGGAACAAAGAACAUAGAAGGAAACUACCAACCAAAGUCUUGAGAGCUUGAUGACCGAGACAACUGACGGUGCCAAAUUAAGUAAAAUGACCUAAAGAUUAAAAAUUUCAAAAAUCAAGAAAGGGUUAUAUAUUAAAUUUGGAGGUUAGAAUAUAUCCAUCUUUACGCGAGGAGAGAAAAAGGAAAAUUCAAGCGAGCCCUCUCCCGGCCGAACGCCGCCCGCGCUCCGACCGCUGCGUUCUGGUCCGGGAGAGGAUGGUGGAUCUGACUUGCAGGGUGGUCCCUUGGUGGAGCUACGGUCCUGGAAUUGCGAAUGAGUGCUUGAGAUAGGUGAGGGCAGAUCGAUCUAGAUCUGUUCGUGCUUCGGCUUUCCGAGGGGUGUUACAGCGGCGGUUUGCAGGAUGGUUCCGUUCUGAUCGGAAACCACCGAUCUGGUUUGGGACUAGGUUCUGAUCUGGUGUUCGUGGUGAUUGGGCGGGCUGGUGUUCCUUGCUGAUAUUUGGAGUAUGAUGGCAGGAAGGAGAGAAGGCCCGAGUUCGCUCGGUGCACGGCCAGGGACGAAGGAGAGGCUGCCGGUGGUCGGACGGUGCCGGAUUUGCAGGCUGGUUGCUGGUUUCACAGCCUUUGCCGUAUUCCAUUUGGACCUGGGCUCGUUGGGAGUUGGGCCUGGGCCUGGGCUAUCUGGUAUUUGGCCCUGGUCCAGUGGUACAUUUAUGUUUUAUUGUUUUGCCUUUUAUUUUGAUUUUCAAUAAGUCCCUAUCGAGUGAAGGUAGGAGUUAGUGGGCUUGGUUCCGGUAUGUGCACUCUGUGUGCCUAGACUGCUCUAAGUUGGUGGUGAGUUUCUUGCAUUGGCAAAUGGUCGCAACUUUUUAGUAGCAGUAAUAUAUCUGCUCUAGGUAGGCGGCGAGUUCCUUGCUUGGUCAAAUGGUCGCUACUGCCUAGUGGCAGGGUGAAACUUAGUGUCGCUAGAUGUUUUGUCUAGUGGCAACAUGAUGGGAAAGCAGUGCGUAUGGAAAUUAUGCUAAGCUGUAAUCGAGUUAUAGACCAAGUUAUCUUUUCGUCAUGUCACCGCUGUGUGACUUAUGUCAAAGCAAAUAGAGGCGCCAGUAGAGCGUUCUUUGCUAGUUGAUGCUUAGUUGAAUACAGUUGGUUAGUAGAGACUCAUGAUAGUAUUUCAGGAUGUUCUCUAGGUGCAUA